AUGAAACUUGCCGUCUUCAGCGCCAAAUCCUACGAUCGCACCUACCUGGACCAGGUGCAGGGGGAGCGGUUCGCACAGCUGUGUACCAUUGACUAUCACGCCUUUGCCUUGUCCGAGGAGACGGUGUCGCUGGCCCAGGGCUGCGAUGCCGUGUGCGUCUUUGUCAACGACAUCCUCGACGGCCCUGUGCUGCGCGGCCUGCACGCCUAUGGAGUUCGUGCGAUUUUGCUCCGGUGUGCAGGCUUCAAUCAUGUCGAUCUUGCAACCGCAGAGGGCCUGGGUUUCUUCGUAGCUAAUGUCCCCGCCUACUCCCCCGAGGCGGUGGCCGAGUUCGCAGUGGCCCUAAUCCAGACGCUGAAUCGUAAGACGCACCGCGCAUACAACCGUGUGCGCGAGGGCAACUUCAACAUUGAGGGCCUCCUCGGAACCACUUUACGUGGGAAGACGGUCGGCAUCGUCGGGGUCGGACGCAUCGGUCUCGCGACCGCUCGCAUCUUCCAUGGAUUCGGAUGCCGACAACUGGCGUAUGAUCCAUUUGCCGGUGACGAAUUUCGCCCAUAUGGCACACUGGUAGACUUAGACACUCUCCUCCAGGACAGUCAUAUUGUCAGCCUUCACUGCCCACUGACCAAGGGCACGCGCCACUUGAUCAACGAGACCACCUUGGCACGUAUGCGGCCCGGUGCCAUGCUGGUCAACACGUCGCGGGGCGGGCUCAUCGACAGCGCGGCGGUCAUCCAGGCGCUCAAGACGGGUCAUCUCGGUGGCCUGGCCCUAGAUGUCUACGAAGCCGAGGGCGAACUGUUUUACAAUGAUCAUUCCGGGGAAAUCAUCCACGACGAUGUCCUGAUGCGCCUGAUGACUUUUCCCAAUGUCUUGAUCUGCGGCCAUCAGGCGUUCUUCACGCGCGAGGCCCUCACCGAGAUCGCCGGGGUCACGCUGGGAAAUGUUUCUGAUUUUGUUGCUGGCCGAUCGUGCAAGAACUCGCUGGUCACCGAGGGGCAUGUGCUGGUUCGCGAGGACACGGAGCCUGUUCGGCUGUAG